GUACUGCGUAGUCAUUGUCAAAAGCGUCAAUAUCUUAAUUUCAGACUUCUGAAGCUACUCAGUCUCGAAAGUCAAGAAUUCUCAUAGAUGACACUUGACCCUGGAGUUUUGAAACAGUAUCAAGAAUCGUCGAAUUCCUGGAUGAUUGAACGAUGGCUUCACAGCCGGCAUGUCUCGAAACACUGCCGAAUGAGCUGCUGGAUGAGAUCGUGAGCUACCUUCUAGUAGUCACUCCCUCCGAGAUCAACUUUCAUCAUCAACCAGCCUUGAAUGUCACGUCUUCUAGUACACCAAAUCUGAAAAAUGUCGCUCAGGUAUCCUCGCGGUUGCUCGAGAUCGUGCGACCCAGGCUCUACGGGCAUUGUCGAUUGAAUGACGAUGAAUUAGAUGACUUUCUCAAUUUCGUGGCAUCGCAUGAGCUAGAACGUCAUAUAACUUCGCUAGUCGUGAUGCUCGGCAACGGUUCGCUUCGUGAUUUAGACACCAAUCAGUUGCUCCGGUCUUUGUCCAACCUCAACCCUCUACGGAUUGCCGUUCUUGCGCCACCUUCGCGCAUAGGAGCCAUGCUGAGCACCAAGAUCCCAGAGGAGCAUAGCUGGGCUUUUCAAAUUGCUCAUCAAUUGUGGCAAUGGGAGCGAACUACGCCCCAUGGAUCCUCAAUCUCCACGACUAGCCCAUUGUCCACCUCGCUGGACAUCACGAAUUAUUCCUCUCUCAGGUUCAAUGAAGGCUCCUCCCUCAGAGCAUAUGCACACUACGAGUACUUUCUCUUCGAGGUUCCAUCCGUACUCGGUAGAUGGGGCACGAUAGCCAGAAUGGGUGCGGAGGAGGAGAAAAUCGCCAUUUCACGCGAGCUGCAGCAUUUGACUUCAUUCAGCUACACCGCCAUAUUUCCCUUUUAUAAUCAUGUUAAGCUGGUUCUGGAUGCCCUCGAUCUGAUGCCAAAUCUGAAGUCACUCACUGUACAACUAGCUCCAUGCUCGGAUGACACGGCCAUUGACUUAACAAACCGAGGUCCCAUCGAUCCUAAUGACCCGUGGAUGGAGCUGGCCACGGCAUAUGAUAUAAUCGCUCAUUCGAUCGUUGAGCUAGGGCGUAGCGCUUCUCUUGUCCAUUUCCGCACCCUUGAUUACCAGAAUGAUGCCCUUCGUGUCGAGCUCUAUCAAGCAAUGGGUAUCACCUUCCAGGACACAGAGUGGGUGCCAAAUGGUCGUGGGGAAUGGAACAAGAUGGCGUCGAAUGGGGAACUCUCACAGGUCACUUGUCCUGCCAUUAUAUCAAUACCUUCCGCCUUAUCCUUGGCAGCUAAACUCAUCACGCAUUUUACCCCUUCUAUUGUUUCUUUCUUGGCCAUGCCGGCUAUGGUCCUUGUCCUAUCCUUCUCUAGACUCAUCUAUGCCUCUGGUAGCAUCUUGUCGCUGCAUUGUCUCCAUCGCCAUUUGAAAUCGCUCGGCACAAUGCAUCUGACAUUCUCGCGACCAAUUAUCUACUCAGCAGUACCACUUUUUGUCCAAGAUGCAAUAGACGCGAGUAGACGAUAUCGUUCACUUGAGACAGCCAUGGAUUCUUUCGAUAAGACAUACGCUGCUGAUCCCGUUUCCCCUAUCCUAGCACAUACCUUGCUUUCAUCCGAUAGAGUAAUAAACAGCAGCCAGGGACCUGAGGAUGAUAUAGAUUCGAGUCAUUCGACACACACGGCAGAGUCCUGGAGCCUUGAGGCAGAUCUCAAUGCUGGCCUGCAUGCAUCCCCGAAUUGUAUAUUCCGCGCUGGCGCUGUCAUCGGGUUCUCGCGCCUCCGGACCAAGAGCAACGAUGAUGCUGAUGAUGAGUAUAUAGGCCAGUUACCCCGAACCCUUCUGACCAACCACCUGGUCCACCAAGCCAAGCAACUCAACAACCCCAAUCCAACCACAGUCUUCAUCGUCCACCCAGCGACAUUCAACGCCUUCUCUCCCAGAAGACUCCUCACUUCACUCCUCAACAACAAUAGCAACAGCAGCAGCAGCAGCAGCAGCAGCAGCACCGCUACAGCCGACCCCACACCUAUCCCACGAAAGGAAUCACUAACCCGUGACGAGGCUCUCGCCUGCCUUGACCGCGUCCAAAUCUUCCCCGUCUUCGACCUCAAUGCCGCACUACAAGCCAUCCACGAGAUCACCGCAUCUAUAACAGACACCCACCACGGAUCCCUCGCACAGUCUCAACCCCUAAUCAUUCUCGUCGCCGGCCUCGACACCCUCGCUGAGGGUGUCGUGCGAACGUCCAACGCCGUGCGAGGCGCAGCCGUCCUGACGACUGCGCUGCGUACAUUAACGCAAUUGACCCGGACGAACCCCGCAUUGGUCUCGGUGCUGCUGGUGAACACGAGUGGGCUGGGGACGGCAAGCGCCAAGGCUAGUUAUGCGAGUGGUCCAGCAGCCCCGAGACCCCAUGGCGAGGUCAACGGGCAGGGACAGAAAGAGGAGGGUGGAGUUCGUUCUGCCUUCGCUGAGAACGGGACGAGUCUGUUUUCGAGCUUGUUAAUGAGGACGCUGGAUCAGGCGGUAGACACGCAUCUUCUGGUGUCGACUGUGGCUAAGAGAGCCUACGAGACACCCUAUGAUUACGACAAGGAGAAUGGAUACUACUAG